GCAGGUGUUCUGAAGUGCAAAUAUAUAAAGGUCCCUUGUGACCUGGAGAUACCGGCACUUACGGUGUGAGUACAAUCGCUGCCUGUCAGACAACACACGUCAAGAUGAAGCUACUGAUUCUCGUUCUUUUCGUCACCAUGGCGACGGCCAUGGACCCUGAGUGGGAGGCUUUCAAACUCACACAUGGCAAGCAAUACAGCAGUCCAGAAGAGGAAAACGCAAGACAGGCCAUCUUUCAAGACAACAACCAGAUGAUCAAGGAACACAACCAGGAGGCAGCCAUGGGCAGGAGGUCCUACUUCAUGGGCAUGAAUCAGUUUGGAGAUCUGGCACACAGUGAGUAUCUGGAGUUUGUCGUCGGUCCCGGCCUGCUGCCGCUGAACCAGUCUCAGCCCUCCGAGAAUGUCUUCGAAAGCACCCCGGGGAUCCAGGUUGAUGACACCGUGGACUGGAGGCAGAAGGGCGCCGUAACGCCCGUCAAAGACCAGAAAAAGUGCGGGUCUUGCUGGGCCUUCAGCACUACCGGCUCCCUGGAAGGUGCGCACUUCCUGAAGACGGGUACGCUGGUGUCUCUCAGCGAACAGGACCUGAUGGACUGUUCCAGAAGAUUCGGUAACAAGGGCUGCGAGGGUGGCCUCAUGGACCAGGCCUUCCGGUACAUCAAGGCCAACGGCGGCAUCGACACAGAAGAGUGCUACCCCUACAAGGCAAUGGAUGAGAGGAUGUGUAACUACCAGUCUAGCUGCAGCGGAGCCACUCUGUCCAGCUACACGGACAUCAGAGCUGGGGACGAGAUGGCCCUGAUGCAGGCUGUCGGCACAGUCGGACCGGUUUCCGUGGCUAUCGACGCCAGUCACAAAUCCCUCAGGUUCUACAAGAGUGGUAUCUACGAUGAGCCGGAGUGCAGCUCCAGGAAGCUGGACCACGGAGUGCUGGCGGUGGGCUACGGCACCAUGGACAACAUGGACUACUGGCUAGUCAAGAACAGCUGGGGGUCUGCAUGGGGUGAUAUGGGAUACGUCAAGAUGUCCCGUAACAAGAACAACCAGUGCGGCAUCGCCACCAAGGCCAGCUACCCUGUGGUCUGAUGGAAAAGAGAGAACCGAGGACAGCUACAUUUCACAUUAUAAUUCCUGAGUUUACAUAAUUUAUAUGAUAGCCGCAGAUGCCAUACGUUGCACCUGGCACAAUUGUCGUGCAAUACAGUUUUAGCUACAUAAAAAGGGAUUUUAUAAAAUAAAACAAUAAAGAUUGUGAAUCAA